GGCAUCAAGAGGUCGCGGUGGAAGUCGGGACAGUGGCGGAGCGCAUUAAUGUCUGCGCACUCGUAAGCAAAGUGCGUGUCCCCUGUGUGUCCGCUUCGGGUUGCCCGUUUUCGGAAUGCACCGCACGGCAUCGGCACUUGUGUUGUUUGCGAGGAAGACCGUUUAGUUUCAAACUCCGAGCUUUUCCGCGCUAGGGUUUGUCGUCGUCGUUUUCGUUUCAAAACCAGUCCGAGCUUGCUUCAUAUUAUCGAUGCAUUGAUAGUCAGCUAGCUCGCUAGCUAGCAAGACGGCUAGCCCAUACGGUGGCUCCUCGUCUUAGCUAGUCAGGUAGCGAACUAGCUGAAUAAGUAAAAACCGAUAAAGUAUCCCGUUAGUUCGCAGAGUGUUGUAUAUUGGCUGUUUUAUAAUCCUUAGUUAGUUAGUUAGCUGGCUGAUUGAUUGUUGAGGGAAUUAUUUUUUUUAAAAGAAGAAGCGGUAACACACGUGGGAGAGGCCGGAGAGAGAAGGACGGAGGAGAAUCAGUGACGCCAGGAGCGGCCGAUGAAUUCAGACCAGGGCGGAGAGCCGCUGCAGGAGGAGGCCGAGCCGGGACUAAAAGCCCGCGGGGAGGCUGAGCCGGGACCGAGAGCCCGUGAGGAGGUCGGGGCUGCACAGUCGGGCAGUAUGGUGACCUCGAAGGGAGCGGGUCUGAACCCUAAUGCCAAAGUGUGGCAGGAGAUGCCCUCAGUACCCACUGAGGCUCCUGUGGAUGGUACCGAAGCUUCCCCAUGGUCCCAGUCGAACAUAACUGAAGAAUCUACUGGAUGUAAAGCAUACACACCUGGCUUCCCAGUUCUCAUGGACAACAGCACCACGGCCACAGCAGACGGUGUCGUCAACGGCAUGGACCCCUCUGACCCAAACCCUCUGAUUGGGUGUAAUGAAUCCAAACUGCCUGAAGAUCAGCCUCUCUCUGCAGAAAGCUUGCGUGAGUCUCUGAAAAAAGAGCUGGAAUUCUGCUUCAGCAGGGAGAACUUAUCGAAGGAUCUUUACCUGAUUUCUCAAAUGGACAGUGACCAGUUUGUGCCAAUUUGGACUAUUGCCAGCAUGGAAGGAAUUAAAGUUCUUACCACUGAUCUGGAUCUUAUCUUGGACGUUUUGAGAUCAUCUCCUAUGGUUCAAGUGGACGAAAAAGGGGAGAAAGUGCGGCCAAAUCACAAACGCUGCAUCAUCAUCCUGCGUGAGGUUCCAGAAACAACUCCUGUGGAGGAAGUGGAGGCCUUGUUCAAGAACGAGAACUGUCCGAAGGUCAUUAGUGUGGAAUUUGCGCACAACAAUAACUGGUACAUUACAUUCCAAUCGGAUACGGAUGCUCAACAGGCAUAUAAAUACUUAAGGGAAGAAGUCAAAACAUUUCAGGGAAAACCCAUCAUGGCCAGAAUAAAAGCCAUCAAUACCUUCUUUGCAAAGAACGGCUACCGCAGCCUUGACUGCAGCGUUUAUCAGCAGCAGUCUCACACGCAGUCCCAGUACAGCUCGCCGCUCUUCAUGCAGCCUAUAUACAACCCCCAGCAGCAGUAUCUCUACGGCAUUGUCCCUCCCACCUGGACUCCAUCUCCAACGCCAUACUUUGAGACUCCUCUGGCACCUUUUCCUAACAGUGGGUUUGUCAACGGAUUUGGCACAGCUGCACACUACAAAACUGGUUCAAAUUCUCUCAACAUUGGCCGCCCUUUCAACAGAAACCGUGUCCCACUCUAUUCAAGAAAGAAUGUAAUAAAUGCCUUCAGCAGGAACCACGUGAAGCCCCAGACGAGGGUGAAUGACGGACUGGCCUCCACUGUCCCCCCUGUGUCUGUGGUGGACGGGCUCCGCAGUCCACAGCCUCCUGCCAGUAGUAACUCAGUACUGGCCACCUCUGAGCUGAGCUCCUCUUUCCCUCACCUGACCACCUCCGCUGAGCCAAACGAUGACGGCACCGUGGCCGGAAGAGGACGGAGGAAUACAUACAGAGCGACUCGGAGGAGGAGAGAGGACGAACGAACCACAAGGCCAGUUCCGCUCACUGAAGUUAAGGUUUCACCACCUAAAUUUGACCUGGCUCCUUCCAAUUUCCCUCCACUCCCUGGAUGCUCAGGCAGCCCGCAGGGAGAGCCGGUGUUGGAGAACCGCAUGUCUGACGUGGUACGGGGUCUCAACAGAGAGAAGCAGUCAGACUCGAACAAAGAAUCCACUGUGAGCGCUGCUGCUCCAGCCUCUGAGGAGACGGUCCCCAGACCUGCACUGACUGCAAGCAAACCCACUCUUCACGCUUCAGAUCCUGCUAGCUACAGUGCAAGCGCAACCCCUCAGGACAAGAAACUGGAUAAAACUGAGCCCUUGGUCCACAAAGAGAUGCCCGUGAACCCAAGCACCACCUCAGCCAUUCCACCGACUUCGGCUCAGCCUGUUCCUGUCUCAAAGACUCCGCCGAGUCCUGCCAACCCUGCAGCCCCACAGGCCAACGCUGGCCACCCCGGCCCCGCCCCACUGGAGCCUCGGAAACUGAGCUAUGCUGAGGUGUGCCAGCGGCCCCCCAAGGAUCCCCCACCACCUCCUCCUCCACCACCUGUGGUCAGCCCUAGUCCCACCAGCUCUACCUCGCAGCCUCUGAGGGAGCUGCGCGUCAAUAAAGUCGACGAGCAGUCGGGCAACAGCGAGAGGCCCGAGCGGCCACAGGAGCGCGGUGGGGACUGUAAGAGCAGAGAGGGCCGGCCGACUCGUGAUUCACAGGGCUUCUACCGCAGCAACGGCCCUCCCAGAGCCAGCACGGGGGGGUUCAAACUCCGCGAGCAGCAAAGGCGUCCUCAGUUCACCCGUCGCACAUCACCCCAAGGAGCCUCCAGACACACUGGCAAAGAGCAGAACAUCCCCCCUAUAUCGCCAAAGUAAAGACUUGACUAAAUCCUUAAUAUAUAUAUAUAUAUAUAUAUAUAUAUAUAUAUA